GGGAACCGGGGAAGCUGGGGACAAUAAUAAUACUCCGCUGCCUCCUGUCUCCCAACUCCCAAGUCUCCAUUCUCCAUGCUCAUUGACAGUCUCUCCCGUGCCGUAACGCCAAAUACCCUGCACAAAGGAAAAAAACUUGGAGAGGCCCAAAAAAACUCGACCAUGGCGAACCGCUCUCUAAAGCCCUUCCUUUCCAUUAUUCCCGUCUCAAUCUUCUCUCUUCUUCUAUUUUUCGCUUUCAGAACCUCACCUUACCGUCCUCGCAUUUUCCCUCCCAAUGCAGAUCUGGAAAACCCUUUCCCACCUCCGCCGAGGGUUGCCUACUUUAUAUCGGGAUCUGAUGGUGACGGUCCCCGUAUGGUGAGACUUCUUCACGCCGUGUACCACCCGAGGAAUCAGUACCUCUUGCACCUUGACUGCCGCACGCCGCAGCGACAGAGGGAGGAACUCGCCGACUCGGUCAAUUCGGUUGACGCGUUUCUAUCUGCUGAAAACGUGAAUGUCGUUGGUAAGGCGGACUGUGUGAAUUCUGGCGGGUCCACGCCCAUUGCUUCUCUGCUUCACGGAGCAGCGGUUCUGCUGAGGCAUGCCAAGGAUUGGGAUUGGUUUGUUAAUCUUGCUGCGUCAGAUUACCCAUUGAUAUCUCAGGACGAUUUUCUCCAUGUCCUGUCUUUUGUGCCAAAGGACUUUAACUUCAUUCAGCAUACUAGUAACAUUGGUUGGAAAGAGUAUCAGAGGGCAAUUCAAAUCGUUGUUGAUCCAGGCCUUUAUCUUGCAUCAAAAGGCACAAUAUUUGUUGGUAGCAGAAAACGGGCACGGCCAAGGGCAUAUAGAUUCUUCACAGGCUCUCCGUAUGUGGUCCUGAGUCGCAAGCUCGUUGAGUACUCCAUUUUGGGAUGGGACAACCUUCCUAGGACGCUACUUUUGUACUUCUCAAACAUGAAAUCCUCACAUCAUGGCUACUUCCAGACUCUCGUCUGCAAUUCCGAAGGGUUCCGUAAUACAGUUGUCAACUCCGACUUGCGGUUCAUCGCAUGGGAUAACCCUCCUGGGGAGGAGCCUCGGGAUCUCAGGCUGUCUGAUUUAAACAAAAUGUUGCGGAGUGGAGCCGCUUUUGCAGGAAGCUUCCGCCCAAAUGAUCCAGUUUUGGACACCAUUGACAGAGUGAUCUUGCACCGGGGCAGGGAUAGGAUUGCACCAGGUGGGUGGUGUACCGGUAGGCAUGAGAGGGGCAGAGACCCUUGUCAGCUCUGGGGUGACGUUAACAUACUCAGACCUGGUCCAGCCGCAAAUAGGUUUGAAAAGCUCCUAAUGAAAUUAAUGGCAAACACGACCUUCUGGUCAAAUCUGUGUAAACAACGAUGAUAUCUGGCUGUCAUCAGAAAACAUUAAUUUAUGUCUCUUGUUUCGUUUCAACGUUAAUGUCACGAAAGUGUACAUUAUUUGAUCUCA